GAUGAGCAUUCUGACACAUCACAACCCUGAACUGCAGCCAUAAAUGUCAUCCUUAGAAGUGUCCAGGCCAGGACUCACUUCCUCCCGAGAGCUCACAGCAAAAGUGCCAGAGCCAGAUGUGCCCUUGGAGGCACACACCCCAGAAUAUCUUCCUCCCGUCGAGUUCCAGAGGCGGCAUUGGCAGGGCUGGGCUUCUGCUUCCCCAGAUCAUCUAAGGUCCUGGAGAAAUGAGUCUCGGCUGUUCCGGCCAGGGUUUCUGUCAGCGCUGGACUGCUCAGAGAAUAAGUCACAGGAGCAGUGGCUCCCGCCCAUGGAAAGACCCCUCACAGUCCUGCGGGUGAGCCUGUACCACCCCACCCAGGGCUCUGCUGUCUUCGCCACUGUCCCACAGAGGCUGCAGCAUGACACCAGCCCGCUUCUGGUGGGGCGGGGCCUGGACUCCCACCUCCAGCUGCACCUCCCCCGCCUGUCCCGCCGACACCUGUCCCUGGAGCCCUACCGGGAGAAGGGCAGUGCUCUGCUGGCCUUCAGCCUCAAGGCCCUGAGUCGCAGGGGCUGCGUGUGGGUCAACGGGCUGGCGCUGAGGUUCCUGGAACAGGUCCCCCUGAGCACCAUCAACAGAGUCGUCUUCGCGGGCAUCCAGAUGGUGGUCCAUGUAGAGGGGGGCACCUCCCUGGAGGCCUUUGUCUGCUGCUUCCUCGUCAGCCCGUCACCCCUGAUUUACAGCCCCCAGGCUGAGGAGACUGAUGAAUGGGAGGACAUCCCCAAGGAGCCACCUGCCCCGGGUUCAGAGCAACCGGUUCCAGGUCACCUUGGCUUUCUCCAUGGCCCUUCCCAGACUGCGGGCAGCUCCCCCCAGCCAGGCACUGGAGGAGGAACAGAAAUACAGCUCCAGAGGGAGCCCGCAGACGGCGCGCUCUGCUAGCCCCACUGCCACGCGGAGCACGCCAUGGCUGAAACAGGACUUGAAAUAUUCUAACUACAUCAUGCGACGUUGACAGGCGAGGCCUGCCUGGCUAAUAAUGAACCAAUUCUGCAAACAUGGACAGCCUGGGGCGGGGAGGGGGGCGCGCCCUCCCCGUUUCCAACUCUGCAAAGCAAUGGGAACUUCAUAUACUUUUAGAGGCCCUGAGGGGCCCUGGGAGCCCCUCGCAGCGUUUCCCCACAUUUCACGGUCUCGUCUGACUAGGAGUUACUUUAUGUUGCUAAUUUGGUGUGCCGCUUAAGAGCGGGAGUUUGAGGUUGCGGCAGGAAUGCGUGGACACAUGUAACAAUUACGUUUGUGGUAGCUGGGGGUUAGCUUCGGCUUUCAAAUACCCACAGGCACUGGGGGCUUAGGGAAGCCUGUGUUUAAUAAACUGCAAGUAUUUCAUUAAACUGGCA